UUACUCACUCAUCUAAUUGUAUUCACAGGAAACACAUACUUUAUUCAUUAUUAAACAUGAAGUUCGUAGUUUGCGUAUUUGUGCUUGCCGUAGUAGCAGUGGCACUAGGUGACAAGCCUCACUACGAUUUAAACGACGCUCCCGCACUUUUCGACAAAUUUGUUAAGGAUUUCAAUAGAAGUUACAAGGAUGCAGCUGACAGAGAAGUACACUAUCAGGCUUUUGUUAAAAGCUUGCAAUCAAUAAACGAAGCUAAUGCCAGACCUUCCCCUACUGUUUAUGAUAUUAACAACUUUGCCGAUUACACGGAUGAAGAACAAAACAAUAUGCGCGGUUUACUGUUACCAGAAAACGAGUAACGUACAAAAUCAAAAUAUUUUGUGACCCAAUGGUUUUAAAUAUUGUUCGAAGAAAUGGCUAUUUUUUAAAUUUUUAAAAUAAAUUUUACUUUUAAUAACUCAA